UUUUAUAAAUAAUGAUCUUGUGCGAUGUGAACAAGCAACCGUUAGCUAAUGACAAGGAAUUUCCAGAGUGAACAACUGUAGUCACGUGUGCAGCUCAGUUGGACUGUCCAUUAUAGUGAUACCUCUCUAGUGGGUAUCUUUAAAGUGAAAGCACUCUGUGUGAAGCUUAGUGUUGGAACAUUAAUAUGGGGUUGAGAGGUGACGCAAUUAUAAUUCAUUAAGGGAAGGAAGUAACAACUGUAAAGCGAUGUAAUUCGUGGCCUCGUAAAUGUUCAGGCAUUUUACGAUGACGGGUUGCAUUUUAGGAACACAGUAAGACUUCCAAAACGACAAUAAUUUAAGAAGUCGACUCUAAAUCCCCCCCUCCCCCAAAUAAAAAAUAUUAUUAAAUAAAUAAACAAAAUUAAAUUAAAUUAAAUAAAGGAAGUUGCACCAUGGAAGUCGUAGCUCAAAUAGUAUCGAGUCAGUCCAGAUGGAACAUCUUCCGUGGAGUGAAAUGGUUGUGGACCAAGAACAAACCUCUGACAGUUGGGGUGGUGGUUGUGGUUGCCGCUUUCAAGAUCAGGGAAGUCAUCAAACGUAGGCAGAAGAGACUAGAAUGGGCCAACGCAGGAAGAGACGUCGUCAUUCUCCACGGUAUUGCUCAUGGCCUGCGCACUCCCAGCGUGUCGCCCUACGUCAUGAAGCUGGCCACCUACCUCAGGAUGGCUAACAUUGAGCAUAAGAUGGACUUCACCGAACCCAUGGGUCCUAAGGGUAGGUGUCCUUGGAUCACCAUAAACGGACAGUCCAUGGGUGACACCCAACUGAUCAUGGACUUCCUAGGAAGUCACUUCAAUAAGGACUUCUCAAGUCAUCUGAAUGAUGAGCAAAAGGCCGUGGCCUGGUCGUUCGCUGUUAUGGUGGACGAGCAUCUAGCAUGGACUCUGAAGGACUGGCGGUGGAUACGAGAUGGAGGUCGGGGCGUCUUCCUGGGCAUGGGGCAACGUCCUUCCCUGCUCACCUGGCUGCCCAUGAUGAGGAUGAGCCGGAGGCAGAAGGCUAUGAUGAUGGCACAGGGCAUUGGAAGGCAUACCCACCCAGAAAUCGAGUCUUUCGCCAGAAGGGACAUCAGAGCCCUGUCGAAUUACUUGGGAAACAAGCCCUUCCUCAUGGGAGACGAACCGUGCGAGGUGGACUGCUCGCUCUUCGGGUGCCUCGUCCAGAUCAAAUACAACCACCCUGGAUCGCCUUAUCCCGCUCUGCUGGAAAAUGAUUACCAAAACCUUGGUGCUUACGUGACUCGUAUGAAGGAGCGCCUAUGGCCAGAUUGGGACGACUGUUUGCUUAUCCCAAACCUUCAUUAAUGACGUAAUUGGUCAACGAGCCCUUGAUGACCAAUUCCUGAAUGGGACCUUUCCUAGGCCGGUGGUCCCCAACCAGGGGUUCAUGGAAGAACUUCAAGGGGUCCAUAGAGAUUCUACUUAUUUUUAAAUUUAUUAUACUGGAAUUAGGAGACAUGCGGCUCAGAAUAAAAUUCAUACUUCUGUACACAAUCCUUAAAACUGAAUGCUUAAAUGCUAGAAUUGCUCUACAUUAGCUAACGGUAUCAGGGGUGUCAAACUCACGGCCCACGUGACAAAUGUGGCCCUCUGGGAUGGUCAUAAGUGGCCCGCCAUAUGACAGGAAGAUUUAUUGCCUCUUGACAUGAAGUGUGUCAUGAAUAUACGUGAUAUAUGAAUAAGAGAGAGAAAAUUGAUAAGUAACCUUUAUUUUAUUAUGGCAAUAGUAAGUGCAAUAAUUACUUCAUAUUACUAUUGAUAGUUAUACAGCUAUUGCAGCUAUUAUAAAGGGAAGAUGCUUAUAUAAAUGAAAAUCAAUAAUCAGCUUUCAAGUGCCUUUCCGGACUUAAGCCCUCAGCAUGCAGGAUUAGCAAAAAAUCCGUACUUAUGUCAGGUUGAUGAUGUGUUAGAAGACGCACAAGAAGAGUUCAUUGAGCUUAUCCACGAUUCAACAGCUAAGAAUGUGUUCCAGUCAAACUCCUUGUCUAGCUUCUGGUGUUCAAUGAUGGAAUUAUAUCCAAAAAGAAGUGAUCUGGCAGUUCGAGUACUUUUGCCUUUUGCUUCAACCUACCUGUGCGAAAGUAGGUUUUCUUCAUUACUUGCAAUAAAAACAAAUUCAAGGAACAAGCUGUCUGUGGAAGAUGACUUAUGUGCACUGGCUGCUACUGAGCCAAAGAUUCAUGAGCUGGUUGCUCAAAAACAACCACAAAAGUCCCAUUGAGAAAUAUAAAGUGACAUACUUUUUUGCACCAAUGAAAAGUUUCAUUCACUGCUGUUUUUGUGAUUAUUGUGUGUUUUAUUCAUACAUUUAUUCAUACAUGUGUUUUAUUCAUACAGGUUUUGUGAAUUUUUUUAUUCAUAUGUGUGGUUGCAAGCUAAAAAAUAGGGCAAGUAUUAUAAAGAUAGUUUUUGCGUACAAUACCUACAACUAUAACAACAUUAACAUAACAUUUUUCCUAUGUAUUUUACUUAAACCAAAAUGUGCUGAACAGAAUGUUUUCUGAUUUCAUAUAAAUAGGCCUACAGCUUAAUCAGCAUAACAAUGCAAGGCAUUUUACAUGAACAUAUUCAUUUUUUGCAGAAAAAUCUUUUAUUAAUUUUGCUGGCUUAACCUAUUUCGUUGUAGGGGUCCAAGGUGAAAAAGUGUCUGGGGUUCGUCAUUUGGGGCUAAUAUUUCUUGGCGGUAAUUAUCUUUAUGAUAUUUACAGGCUUUGUUUAUGUUUUUACGGUCAUCCCCAACGGGCUCGUACUAACCACGCCGGGUUAAAACCCUUGAGGGUUACUAUCUAGGAGAGAUCCCUUGAUUGUGUAAUGUUGUAAUAUUUCAAUAAAGAUUUAAAAAAUCUUAAA